AUGAACCAAGGCCCAAUGAAACGAGGCCCCGCCCCUUUUGUCUCGGUGAAAAGGCAACAUGGAAUUUUCAAGAGCUUCCUACGAACUAUUGGCAUAUUGGAGCCUACUAAAGUGGAUUUCAUUUCUGAAUUGCCUCUGGAAUUAUCGCAGAUAAUUCUUCGCAAUUUGGAUGAGGAGUCUUUGCUGUGCGUUGCUCGAGUAUCGCGAAAAUGGUUGCAAAUCUGCAAAUUCGAUAAAAUUUUAAAACAAACUGCAAGGCUCCAUAAACGACAAAUCAGAAGGAAAAUGAGGGAACAAAUUUUGGGACGAGAUUCACCGUCAAGGAUUGAAUCGUUAAGAAGAAUACAAGAAUUGAGAAGAGAUAGAAAUAGAGUAGCAAGUAUAAGGUUAGAAACGGCGGUAGUCUUUGGUAAUAGAACUAGGAUCCCACCACCAAGAAAUAUAAAAGUAAGUAAUUGCUCAACUAGAAAAUCUCGUAAUAAAUGUAUUAGAAUAUGAAUAUAUUAAUUUAGAUUAGGUUAAGUUGUGUAUUAUAAAUUUAAGUUUAUAUUUAUAAUUUUCUGAAGUGUUUAAAUAAAAUUUCUAGUUAAGUUAAUUUUUAAGAAUUAAAUGUGAUUUUGACAUCUUAGCGUUAAGAAAAAUAAAUAUUUGUAUUAGAAUAACAUAUUAUAAAUUAUAGUAUUUAUUGACUGUAUGCAAUGCAUGAUAUGAAUAAUGUUUUUAACUUAAUUAGGAAUCUAAGAAUUCACUUUAAUUGUAAA